AUGGACAACAAUCAAUUUUUUAACCGAGCAAAGCCAUAUUUGGCUGUAAUUUUCUUGCAGUUUGGCUCUGCCGGUACAGGUAUAAUAGUUAAGUCUGCUCUAAAUCAAGGAAUGAGCCAUUAUACCUUUGCGGUCUAUCGAAAUGCCGUUGCCACUGCUGUCUUUGCUCCUUUUGCUAUAAUCUUGGAAAGGCCCGUUAUCGACCAGAAUCUGUUCUAUGCCGGGAUGAAGUAUACAACAGCAACUUUUGCAUCAGCAAUGGGCAACAUUCUUCCUGCCAUAACUUUUUUAAUGGCUUGGAUUCUAAGGCUUGAGUGGGUAGAUAUUAGGAAAGUACACAGCCAGGCGAAAAUAGUAGGGACACUGGUGAUCGUCAGUGGAGCGAUGAUUAUGACACUGAUUGAAGGGCCCUCGGUUAGAUUUCCAUGGACCAAACACAAAAUCCAUGAGCAAUCUACAAGUGCUACAAAUCAGCAAGAUUCGAUUAAGGGCGCCCUCAUGAUAAUGUCAGGAUGUUUCUGCUGGGCAUGUUUUUACAUCCUUCAAGCAAUUACGUUGAAAUCUUACCCUGUCGUACUCUCCCUCACAUCUCUGACAUGCAUGAUGGGGGCAUUGCAAGGCACUAUACUCACCCUUGUAGUUGAAAGGGGCAACACCACAAUCUGGUCCAUACAAUGGGAUACAAAAUUAUUGGCUGCUCUUUAUUGUGGCAUUAUCAAUUCAGGGGUAAUGUCUUAUGUUUCAGGAACAAUAGUGAAGGAAAAGGGGCCGAUUUUUGUAACAGUCUUUAAUCCUCUAAGCAUGGUUAUCAUAGCAAUUAUGGGCUCCUUCAUUUUCGCAGAGCAGAUGGACUUGGGAAAGGUCCUUGGAGCAGUCACCAUAGUUGCUGGUCUAUACAUGGUCAUAUGGGGUAAGAGCAAGGAUCAAAGUGUAUCCAAGUCGGAGGAAAGCAUAUGUAAGUCAGAUGGUGAUUGGAUAACGCCAAUUGACCAACAAUUGAAUACAAGGGACGAUGGUAAGAGGACUUCAUAUCAUGAGUCUGUUGAUGGUUCUGACGCAAUACCUCCCCAUGAAGCUGUUUGA